GCGGGCUGGCGCGGGAGCCGGCGCCACCCUGAGCCCGCCCUCGGCCCGCCGUGGGGAGGAGGGUCCCUGCCGGGGUCGGGCGCGGCGGGGCGAGGGGGCGCCGGGCUUGGUGUUGGGUCCAGGGCGAGCGGCCGCGGGGAGCUCUGCUUUGGGAAGGAGGUCCGGUGCGCCCCCGAGGAGGAGAUUGAAAAACUUGGAUGUGUCCAGCAUUGCAGAGAUCCGAAAGCCCCUUCUCAGUGGCAGGUAUCCAGUUGUUAUGUAAAAUGGAUGUUUCUCACACUUGAUACUGAACAUUAAGUAGAUAAUCUGUUUAGUAAAAUCUAAGCUGCCAUGGAGGAAAUACCAGUAAAAGUUGCUGUAAGAGUUAGACCUCUGCUUUGCAAAGAAGUUCUUCGUAAUCAUCAAGUUUGUGUGAGAGUUGUUCCAAAUACCCAGCAAAUUAUCAUUGGGAAAGGUAGAGUCUUUACUUUUGACUUCGUUUUUGGCAAAAAUUCCACUCAAGAAGAAGUUUAUAAUACAUGUGUAAAGCCACUGGUGCUGUCACUCAUUGAGGGCUAUAAUGCAACGGUUUUUGCCUACGGACAAACUGGAUCUGGGAAGACAUACACCAUUGGAGGAGGCCAUAUUGCGUCAGUUGUGGAAGGUCAAAAGGGUAUCAUUCCUCGAGCGAUCCAAGAAAUAUUUCAAAGCAUCUCUGAAAAUCCUAGCAGUGACUUUAAUGUAACAGUAUCCUAUGUGGAAGUAUACAAGGAAGACCUGAGAGAUCUUCUAGAAUUGGAGACUUCCAUGAAGGAGCUGCACAUCCGAGAAGAUGAGAAAGGAAACACAGUGAUUGUUGGGGCCAAGGAGUGCCAUGUGGAGAGUGUGGAUGAAGUGAUGAGUCUCCUGGAGAUGGGGAAUGCAGCUCGACGCACAGGGACCACCCAGAUGAACGAGCACUCCAGUCGCUCGCACGUGAUUUUCACCAUCAGUAUCUGUCAGAUGCAAAGAAAUCCGGAGGCGGGUGAAGAUGGAUCAUGGUGCACCCAUCGGCGUAUUGUCUCAAAGUUUCACUUUGUGGAUUUGGCUGGAUCGGAAAGAGUAACCAAAACGGGAAAUACAGGUGAACGGUUCAAAGAAUCCAUUCAAAUCAACAGUGGGUUGUUGGCUUUAGGAAAUGUGAUAAGCGCCCUUGGGGACCCACGCAGGAAGAAUUCACAUAUUCCAUACAGGGAUGCUAAAAUUACCCGGCUCCUGAAGGAUUCCCUGGGAGGCAGUGCCAAGACUGUCAUGAUCACGUGUGUCAGCUCAUCCUCCUCAGAUUUUGAUGAGUCCUUAAAUUCGCUCAAGUAUGCCAACAGAGCACGGAACAUUAGAAACAAGCCCGCUUUGAACUUUAGCCCUCAGUCAGACCGUGUGGAUGAAAUGGAAUUUGAGAUUAAGUUGCUUCGAGAAGCUUUGCAAAGCCAGCAGACUAGUAUCAGUCAAAGUAGCCAGAUGCCCCAAGAGGGCACACUUGGUAAAAAUAGGAUCCAUUCUCUGGAAGAACAAGUAGCUAAGCUACGAGGGGAAUGUCUGGGUUACCAAAAUUGUAUAGAGGAAGCCUUUACCUUCCUGAUGGACUUAAAAGAUGCCGUCAGAUUAAACCAGCGGCAGCAGCACAAACUGCAGGAGUGGUUUAACAUGACUCAGGAGGUCAGGAAGUCUGCCUUCACCUCACUCCGAGGAAGCCCAGGCGUUGGAAACCAAGAAGGACCCCAGCAUAGCACAAUUCUCCAACUGAAGAGAGAGCUUAAGAAAUACCAGUCUGCUCUCGCUGCGGAUGAAAUAGUAUUUAAUCAGAAGGAACUAGAAGUGAAGGAACUGAAGAAUCAAGUACAAAUGAUGACACAGGAGAAUGAAGGAUAUGUUGUAUCUUUGGAAGAAGCACAAAAAGUGAAUAGAUUACAGAAUGAAAAAAUAAUAGAACAGCAACAUCUUGUGGAUCAACUGAGUGGAGAGCUAAUGAAACUUAAUGUGUCAGUGACUUCUUCAGUGAAGGAAAAUUGUGGCGAUGGACCUGAUGCCAGGGUCUGUGAAAAGAGACCGCACACUGUACCAUGUGACUCUCACUUGGGACAUUAUAUUUACAUCCCAUCAAGACAAGAUUCCAGGAAGGUCUACUCAAGUCCUCCUGUAUACUCUCUGGAUCAAGUAUUUGCUGGAUUUCGAACACGAAGUCAGAUGCUGUUGGGUCACAUAGAAGAACAAGAUGAAGUUCUCCACUGCCAAUUUUCUGAUAAAAGUGAUGACGAAGAAUCAAAUCAAGGGACACCUAGAAUUAGAAGUCACUCAUGGAGUAAAAAACCAGAUUCUGUUGGUUCUCUUGUUGAGUUGAAUGGUACUCAGGAUGAAACACAAAAGUCGAAUAUGGAGAAUGAAGAUUUAAAGAUUGAAUGUCUCCGGAAGAGUCAAGAGUUGAAUUUGCAAAAGUUAAAGAAUUCAGAACUCAUACUUAGUAGAAUUAAACAAAAAAUUAAUGAACUUACAGUUAACAUCAAGAUGAAGGAAGAGCUGAUUAAAGAACUAAUAAAAACAGGCAAUGAUGCCAAAUCUGUAAGCAAACAUUAUUCUCUGAAAGUAACAAGACUGGAGCAUGAAGCAGAACAGGCAAAAGUUGAGGUAACUGAGACAGAGAAGCAGCUGGAUGAGCUGGAGAGCAAAGACGUUUUUGAUGCUGCUCUGAAUAUAAAACUGCAGAAAGAAUUCCGUAGAAAGAUGGAUGCUGCAAAACUCAAAGUCAAGGAAUCCUUGAGGAUUUUUGCACCAAGUCUGGAGAGGAAUGAAUGGGAUUCAGUUUUUAUUGAAUGUCAAAGUAUCUUUCCAGUCUUAAAGAAGAAGCAACAGGAUAGUAAGAAAUUGGCAUCACUGUCGAUCCAAAAGGAGGAAUGUGCUAAUGAACUAGAGAAAAAUUUAGAUCACUUGAAGUAUCAAAAGGUACAGCUGCAAAAGAGACUUCGCGAAGAAAAUGAUAAAAGGAAACAACUGGAUGCAGAAAUUAAGCGGGAUCAGCAAAAAAUCAAAGAACUACAAUUAAAAGCAGGACAGAAAGAAGGCCUGAAAAUGAAGGCUGAGGAUCUUGAUACAUGUAACUUGGAAACAAAGAAAGAACCUUUUGGAAGUAAAAACCAACUCCAGAAAUUGGAUGAGCAAAAGAAAUGGUUGGAUGAAGAAGUAGAGAAAGUUCUGAACCAGCGCCAAGAAUUAGAGGAGCUGGAAGAAGACUUGAGGAAGCGGGAGGCCAUCCUGUCUAAGAAGGAGGCCCUGCUCCAGGAAAAGCGCUGGCUGGAAAGUAAGAGGCUGAGAGCCAGUCAGGCAUUAAACACAGACAGCUUUAGAAUAUCAACUCGCCUGAACAUACUGGACCAAGAGUUGUCUGAAAAGAGUGUGCAGCUCCAGAGCAGCACAGCUGAGGAAAGAAUGAAGAUUUCAGAACAAGUCCAAGCCCUUCAGAAAGAAAAGGAUCAACUCCAGAGACGAAGAAACAGUGUGGAUGAGAAACUUAAACAUGGUAGCGUGCUGUCCCCUGAAGAGGAACAUGUUCUUUUCCAACUUGAAGAGGGAAUUGAGGCACUGGAAGCUGCAAUUGAAUACAAGACUGAGAGUAUCCAGCAUCGCCAGAACCUGCUUAGAGCAUCAUCCCAAAAUCUCUCUCAGAGUGAAGCGAACAUCUUGGAAAAACUGAUUUGCCUGAAUCCCAUUGAGAUUAGAGCUAUUCUUUUCAGAUAUUUCAACAAGGUGGUUAAUUUACGAGAAGUUGAACGGAAACAACAGUUACAAAAUGAAGAAAUUAAAAUGAAAGUUCUCGAACGGGAUAAUGUGAUUUGUGAGUUGGAAUCUGCACUGGAACAUCUGAAGUUACAGUGUGAUCGGAGACUGACUCUCCAGCAAAAGGAACACGAGCAGAAGAUGCAGUUGCUGUUACAUCAUUUCAAAGAGCAAGAUGGAGAAGGCAUUGUAGAAUCUUUAAAAAUAUAUGAAGAUAAAAUCCAGCACUUGGAAAAAGACCUUUAUUUCUAUAAGAAAAACAGCAGGGAUCUUAAGAAGAAACUUAAAGAAGUGGCACAGGAAGCAGUUCAGUGGCAACCAGCAGUGUCGGAACGGAAGGCUUUCCCUCUCACCAGUGACGAGAACACUGUUUCUGUGGGAUUUGUUUUGGGAUUAUUUUUAGAUCUUCAUGCUGCAGGUGGAGUCCUGAACCCAGAAAAGGCACAUGUGCUUUCAGAGGAAUUACAAUGGGCAUCCAGAACUGAAAGUAUGAAAUUAAGUGGGAGAGAAAGGGAAGUAGACACUUCUUCAAGCAGCUUACAAACACAACCAAAUGCUCAGAAGUGUUGGGAAGAUGUCUCAGAGUUACCUCCAGUUAGUAGCUCUUUACCACUCUCCAGCGGACAGUUGCUAAGCAAUGAAGAUAAAACAGACAUGGAUGAAAAUCAGCUUACAAAAUCUCACACUCGACCAUCAUACCCAAUUCAGCCAGUAGGAAACGUGAGCCAGUUGCACGGUGUCACACCUGUAAAACUGUGCCGCAAAGAACUGCGCCAGAUUUCUGCCUCGGAACUAUCACUGCGACGUUCUAGUCUUGGCGUUGGGGUUGCAUCAAUGACUGCCGAUUCCAUUCAAGUGUCUAGGAAACCUAGUGACUUGAAAACGUAGAUGAUUAACAGUAGAACUUUCAAUUUGGUAGCUAGCGUAAAGAGAUUCCAUUUUCUAACUUGUUAAAAAAUUGAAGCUCAAACUCUCCAGCUCUUCCAUCAGGAUAAAGGAAGGGAACAAAUGAUCUUUUUAUAUACUUUGUAAGAGGUAUAGAUCUUAGUAGUAUAUUUUGUGAGUUUUAGUUUACAUUUCCAUAAUAAUCAAACACGUUUUCCAGUACUUGAUAACAUUUAAAUAUUUUCACUUAUAAAUAUGUGUAACAUUUUUUAGGCAUAUUUUGUUUUUUAUUUUUCAGGCAUAUUUGAAAAACAAGUAAUAGACUAAAAUAUCCUUCAAAUGUAUAUUACUGUAUAAUAUAAAUGUUAUAUUAUAAAAAUGUUAUAAUACAUUAAGUAUAUUAUUAUUCUACAAUACUAGCAUAUUGCUUUUCUAGAAACCCAGCCAGAUAUUACCUAGGUG